AUGAAGGAGUUGUUGGAGAAAAGCUUGGAUCCACAGCUAUGGCACGCUUGUGCAGGGAGCAUGGUUCAAAUCCCACCUCUCAACUCGAAAAUAAUCUACUUCCCACAAGGCCACGCGGAGCACUGCCAAUCCCCCGUCGAUUUCCCCUUCUCCUCCGCCGCCGCGGCCUCCAAAAUCCCGGCCUCCAUCCUCUGCCGCGUCGCCGCCGUGAGGUUCCUCGCCGACCCGGAAACCGACGAGGUCUACACCAAGAUGAGCCUCGUCCCUCUUCCUCCCAACGCCGCCGAGCUCGAUUUCGGCGCAGACGAAAUCGAGCUCGGCAGCAAUAGCGGAAUCCAAGAGAAUCCGGCUUCCUUCGCCAAAACCCUGACCCAAUCCGACGCCAACAACGGCGGGGGAUUCUCCGUGCCGCGUUACUGCGCCGAGACUAUCUUCCCCAGGCUGGAUUAUUCGGCGGAUCCUCCCGUUCAGACGGUUUUAGCUAAAGACGUCCACGGCGAGGUUUGGAAGUUCAGACACAUCUACAGGGGAACUCCCCGGAGGCAUCUGCUGACUACUGGGUGGAGCACGUUCGUGAACCAGAAGAAAUUGGUCGCCGGGGACUCAAUCGUGUUUCUCCGAGCGGAGAACGGCGAUCUCUGCGUCGGUAUCCGCCGCGCCAAGCGAGGAUUUGGUGGGUCGUCCUCGUUUCCCCCCCAAUCUGGUUGGGGCAUUAACACAAACACCUACGGGGCAGGUGGGAUGGGGAACAACCCAUACGGCAAUUUUUCUCUGUUUCUCAAGGAGGAUGAGAACAAGGCUGUGAGAAAUGGUGGAAAGGGAUCGUCGUCGCCGGCGGCGGCGGGGAAGGUGAAACCGGAGGAUGUUUUGGAAGCGGCGAGAUUGGCUGCGAGUGGGCGGCCAUUUGAUGUGUACUAUUACCCUAGAGCUAGUACUCCGGAGUUUUGUGUCAAGGCUUCCUCGGCUAGAGCUGCAAUGAGGAUCCAUUGGUGUCCUGGGAUGAGGUUCAAGAUGCCGUUCGAGACCGAGGAUUCUUCGAGGAUCAGCUGGUUCAUGGCUACUGUGGCUUCUGUUCAGGUUGCUGAUCCUAUCCGCUGGCCGAAUUCGCCAUGGCGACUUCUCCAGGUGACCUGGGACGAGCCGGAGAUGCUGCAGAAUGUGAAACGAGUCAGCCCGUGGCUGGUCGAACCGGUCACAAACAUACCGAUGAUCCAACCAUCGGGUUUCUCCUCACCGCCGAGAAAGAAGUUUCGGUUCCCAACAGGACCGCUCGACUUCCCACUCGACGGGCAGUUCCAGUUGCCUUCGUUUUCAGGCAGCAACAACAACCCCCUCUCGUCCAGCAGCAGCCCAUUGUAUUAUCUGUCAGAUAACAGUGCACCUGCAGGCAUUCAGGGAGCCAGGCAUGCUCAUAUCGGGGUAUCUUUAUCCGAUCUCCACCACCUUAAUCACAACAAACUCCCCCAACCCCCAUCCAGCGGGUCAUUCCUCCGCAAUCUCCAGCAGUUCAAUCCACCACCGCCAGCACCACCAUCAACUCAUUCUAGAUUCUUGGAAACCGGCAGUGAGAGCCUAUCCUGCUUGCUAACCAUUGGAAAUGGCAACUCUAGUUCUUCUUCAAGCCCCGAGAAGCCUUCUUCUUAUUCUUCGUCAUCUUCUCAAGAGAAGAAGAAACAGUUCUUCCUCUUUGGCCAGCCGAUACUCACCGAGCAGCAGAUCUCCCACAACCGUUCUGGCGAAUCCAUCUCAAGAAAUGCGCCCGAUGAGAAGCAACUCUCAUCGGAGGAGAAAUCCUCCAGUGCUGGCGGCGGGCAUUCAUCACGGAACCAGAGUUGUUUAUCGGAUGGUGGGUCGCAAACUUGCAAGGUGUUCAUAGAAUCAGAGGAUGCAGGACGAACGAUCGACCUCACUGCCUUUGCUUCGUACGAGGAGCUGUACACAAGGCUGGCAAACAUGCUUGGAAUGGAAAGAACCGCGAUACUCAACCACGUAGUCUAUCGCGAUACAGCUGGCGUUGUAAAACGAACUGGCGAUGAACCAUUCAGUUUGUUCUCGAGGACUGCAAGUAGGGUUACCAUACUGAUAAAUCCUCCCAGGAAUGACAAUGUUGCAAGGAAACGGAUGAUUCGAAGCGCUGAGAGUGGAUUGGAGGCCUCAAACAAGAGAGGACCCUUGAGUAUAUCCGCUUAGAAGAAGAAGAAGCGGCAGCUGCUGCAGAAGAAUAAGAAUCCAAUCCUUUGGAGCGUAGGAAAAGAAAUGGAUGGAGUUGUGAGAGUUCAAAGUGUGAAUCAUAUGUAGAGCUAUCUCUGAAGGCUAAAAAACGACUUUUUGACUAUAAUUUGCUGUUUUUUUUGGAACAUGUUCUUCUGUGUCCUUGUUGACUAUUGUUAUGCAGAAAGUCUGCUGCUGUCAUGUACUGGAACUUUGAUUUUUUCCUUAGAAAAUACCUCUUCCCUUCCAUGGAUAUUGAUUGAACAAGUCAAACUACGAUCCAAUAAAAAUUGAACAUACCUCCUAUUUAUGACA